ACAACCCAAGUCACUCUCCGACACCUAAUUAAAUUCUCCUUUGUUAAUUACCAACAAGAUUUUCUAAUCGUCCCAAACCCUUUCAAUGCAAACUUAAAUAUAUAUAUAACACAACCACACGGCAACCCCACCCAACAAUAUCUACGUACCAUCUUCUUCCCUCUCUCUCUGUUCUCCUGCUACGAGAGGAAACACCAAGAAAACCCACAUGGCAUCUGAUCAUUUUCUUGUUAAGGUAGUACUACUCUUCUUCGUUUUCUUGCAAGCCAAACGUUGUCUUUCUUUAAAGCAAGAAUCUUUGAUAUUGCCUCUCAAAACCCAGAAACAUCCUCGUUUCUCUACAACAAGACACUUCACCAGCACCUCCUCCGCCCUCGCCACCAACAAGCUCUUGUUCCACCAUAAUGUUUCUCUCACAGUCUCCCUGACUGUUGGUUCCCCUCCGCAGAAUAUUACCAUGGUACUUGACACAGGCAGCGAGCUCUCUUGGCUUCACUGCAAGAAAGCACAAGGCUUGAACUCCAUCUUUAACCCCGCCACAUCUACAACUUACGCUGAAGUCCUCUGCUCUUCUCCUACCUGCAGGACCGGAACCCGUGACCUUAACAUACCCGUUUCCUGUGACGCUGCUAAGCACUGUCAUGUCAUCAUCUCCUACGCCGACGCUUCCUCCAUUGAAGGCACUCUCGCGUUUGAAACAUUCAGUAUCGGUUCCUCCAAUCGGCCCGCCACAAUUUUCGGGUGCAUGGACACGGGUUUCAGUUCAAAUACAGAGGAAGACGCCAAGACAACCGGGCUAAUGGGCAUGAACCGUGGGUCAUUAUCAUUCGUGAAACAAAUGGGGUAUGGAAAAUUCUCUUAUUGCAUAUCGGGUCUGGAGUCGUCCGGUGUUCUGCUCCUCGGAGAUGCCAGUUUGUCUUGGCUUAAACCACUAAACUACACUCCUUUAGUUCAAAUCUCAACCCCAUUACCGUAUUUUGAUCGGGUCGCUUACUCGGUCCAACUCGAAGGCAUAAAGGUUGGCAACAAAAUCUUAUCACUGCCGAAAUCUGUUUUUGUACCGGACCAUACCGGAGCAGGACAAACCAUGGUUGAUUCAGGCACCCAGUUCACAUUCUUGUUAGGUCCGGUUUACACAGCUUUAAAAAAUGAAUUUUUAUCACAAACCAGAGGGAUUUUGAGAGUUUUAAAUGAUCCGAAUUUCAUAUUCCAAGGGGCAAUGGACUUGUGUUAUUUGAUGGAAUCGUCCCGGCCGAGAUUGCCCGCAUUGCCGACUGUGAGCAUGAUAUUUGAGGGUGCGGAAAUGAGUGUAUCGGGAGAGAGACUGUUGUAUCGGGUACAUGGUGAGAUGAGGGGGAAUAAUUCAGUGUGGUGCUUUACAUUUGGGAACUCAGACUUGAUGGGAAUUGAAGCAUCUGUGAUUGGAAAUCAUCACCAGCAAGAUAUUUGGAUGGAGUUUGAUCUUGAAAAAUCUAGGAUUGGACUUGCUGAGGUUAGAUGUGAUAUUGCUGGUCAAAAGCUUGGCUUGCACAAGUAAAAUUAAAAAAAAAAAAUAAAUUGUAUAAAAAAUGGUGGGGCAAUUGUACAUACAUGAAAAAUUAAUAGAUUAGGGCUUUUGAUAUUGAAAUUUGAAAUUGUUCUAAGGCAAGGCAUUAUCACAACAGAGUUGUACCGUGGAAGUUGACCUAAGAUUUUUUUACUAUAGUUA